AGUAAUCUAUCACAAGAAUUAUUACAAUAUGUAGAUUUAAUAAACUUGAAUAUAAUAAUUAGAAUAACAAUACCAGGUUUUUAUGAAAAUAAGCAUUAUUACACAUUUUACUGUAGAUUGUAUUGUUAACAUGUGCAAUAUUUUGAAAAUAUGCCCUGAGGUCUCAGAACUUUGUAGUGUCAUUACAGAAUUGAAAUGUACUGAAAAAGAUUGCAAUGCUAUAUUAAAAUCAUCAUCCAACUUAAAAAUGCAUUAUGUGAAGCAUCAUCUGAAAUCAACACUCCCUAAGCAAAACCUUCCAGAAGGGACAAUUAUGCAUUAUUAUUGUCCAGAAAAGUCUUGCAUCUACAAUGUAUCAGCAACUAAGCAUUUCACUCAUAAACGCUUCUUAAAACAGCAUUACUUGAAGGUUCAUGCUGAAAAAUUAUUUAAAUGUACUACUUGUACAAAAGCAUUUGCAACACAUUCACAGCAAAUUAGUCAUGCCAAGGUUUGUGGAAAGAUAUUCAAAUGUACAGAUUGCGAUUGGAAAUAUAGUUCAAAUGAGGCAUUAUUAACUCAUUACCGAAGAAAGCAUCACAGUAAAUCUGCAGUAAAUUCAAAUGAAGUUAUUACUGCAGACAAUGUAACUAAGCCUGUUACAAAUAACAUAAUAAUAUUGAAUAUAAUACCUCCUUCACAUUUGCAUCUAAAAGAUAAAGAAAUACAAACAGAAUUAAUAGAUGAUUUGAAAACAACGAAUUCAAAAAUAAGAAAAAGAAACACCCAACAUACACAGACUUCCUCAUAUAAAAGAAAGAAGAUUCGAAAUAAUGUUGAAACUCAAACAGUUAAAAAUACAAUAUUAGAAAAGGCUAUGUAUAAUGCAAAUCUUUAUGUUGUUAAAUCCAAUGUCCAAACACAGAGCGAACAUGAGUUAGAUGUAAAUAAUGAAAGAAAUGAUAAACCAGAAACUCAUAACUCUUUUUCUAAUUUAAUUCAGGAAAAUGAUAUGGAUAUAAAGUAUUUUGAAUUGGAUGAUAACAAAGAAAGCGAAUCCGAAAAUGUUUUGAAAGAUAACUUACUUUCAGAAACUAUAAUAAACAAUCAUUCUCACACUCUAUGUAGCAUUGAGACUCAGACUGAUCAAUUUGAUUUAACUUUAAAUGAUAACAUGGACUCUUCUUUCACUCAAACUGGAGACCUAACAUUUGAUCAAUUAUUAUAUUCAAAUACAUACACUCAAACAUGUGAUGAUUUUCUACUUUCUGAACUUGGCUUCAAUAAUUCUCACACUCAAACCUGUUGGCAAGGUUAUGAAGAUUCAGUGUCAACAGAGACUCAAACAAACUUUACAGAUCAUUUGCUGGGAGACCGUUCUACACAGACAAAUAGUGUAUUGUCAGACAAUUUGUUAGAGCCAGCAGAUUACACUCAGACUUUUGUAAAUACCAAUCACGGAUCCUAGCAUUCACUUGAGCAAAGUAUUCUUGGUUUUGCUUCAGAACAUGAUCUAUCAGAGGUUGAUUUAUUCUUAUUUAAAAGUUGAAAUGUUAUUAAGUCAA